AUGCCAUCAGUGCCUCCGCCCAAGAGAACAACGAUCUCAUUGGCUCAAAAAAAGUCCAGCAUUCUGGAGUUCUUCCAAUGUGAGCACUCUGUGUAUAACAUCAAAGAACUGGAAAAGCUCAUACCCAAGAAAUGCAGUGGCGUCGCAUCUAUGCUCGUCAAAGAUCUUAUACAACAAAUGAUCGAUGAAGACGGUAUAAUAUCAGUGGAAAAGUGUGGCAAUACCAAUAUUUACUGGUGCUUCAGGAACCAGAUCAUCACGAAAAUGAGUCGCGAGAUUGACAUGCUAAACCAGCGUAUUGAGGCAGCCAAACUCGAGAUAUCGCAGACCAAGAUGGCGCUCGACGUCAGCACAAAGUCGUCACGAAAGGAGAGCUUUGAGGUCGAUGGUGCUGUAUUCUCCAGAGCAGAAAAGUUAGAGGAACUUGAGUCUCUUGACAAAGCAGUGAAGCACUCUCGAAGCGUCUACGACCAAAAAUCAGAACAUACGUGGGACCAGGCUAAGAUCAACGCGAAGACAGAAGCGCUUUCAGCUCAGGUAGCCAAACUUGAUACUGUCACCGACAACAUCGAGCUCAUCGUGUCGUUUCUUUGCAGGCGAUUCCUGAUGGAUAAAAGAAGCCUUCAAUCAGAACUAGGAAUUCCCGAAGAGUUUUUAGAAUUUACAAAUAUGCCGCAAACCUCCAAAUGA